AUGGGAAGGCUGGGCGACAAGUCCGACUAUGAGAGCAUCCGCGAGGCCCGCAUCUCCGAGAACAUGGCCCGGAUGGAGAUGCUCGGCCUGCGCCGCUGCGCCGGGGAGCUGAGCGCCAUCUCCUCCGCCCCCUCCCCCCGCGCCGGGAGCGUCACCCCGAGGAAGACCCCGAAGCCGCCGCGGGUCCUCACCCCGCUCCGCCGCUCGGGCCGCCUGAUUGCCGCCGCGACGCCGCCCGGCUCCGGCUCUCGCCGCUCCGCCCGGCUCAACGGGGACUCCGUGCAGCACAAGGCGCUGCCCUACAGAGCGGAACUGAGUUUCUCUUGUCGUCCCGCAGGAGCGGACGCCGAGGAAGAGGAGCAGGAGGAGAAGUCUCCUAUGUACAUCGACAAGGAGAGGCUGCGGGUGCUGCAGGAGACGCGGUGCGACAGCAAGGCGAGGGGGUCCGUGUACGACCCCGUUCUUGGGAUCUGCUGCCAUUUCUGCAGGCAGAAGAAACUCUGCGGCGAGGAGGGCUGCAAGCGCUGUGGGGAAGGAGACUUUGAGCAGCAAUGCAUAGGGAAGACGGAGUGCUCCUCUUGCCAUUCCUCCUACGGGAUCCUCUGCCGUGCUUGCCUUAAAGUUAGGUAUGGUGAAGAGAUGGAAGAGGUGAGGAAGAACAAGAAGUGGAUGUGCCCUCACUGCGUUGAGGAGAAGGGUACCAAGAAAUACUGGAUAUGCAACAGCUCCAUCUGCUUGAAGAAGAGGAAGAUAGCACCAACCGGGAUCGCCAUAUUCCAAGGUAAUUCUGGUUCUUCCAAGGUGCAACUUCAGCACUAUGUUCACGCAGAUUAUACCCAUAGUUGA